AUGGAAGCAAGGACAUCGGACAAUGCAAUAACGUCUGAGUAUCUAACGAAGGGAAUCCUGGGUCCAAGCUGGCGAGGUGGUGGCGAAUAUCUUCACAUUGGCUUCCAGUCGACUUUUAAAAGAAAAUUAAAAUCUGUUCCUCCAAAUAUAUUGCCGGAGACUGUAGUGAUUGGUUUUAGUACUGAUGGUGCGAGAUUAAAUAAAGGUUCUAAACAGUUUUGGCCGAUUCAAUACCGAAUUUUAAAUAUUCAAGAUAAUAGACCUAUAAUUGCUGGUGUUUUUAUGGGAACUACAAAACCAACAAAUCCUUUUGAUUUUUUUGAGCAAUUUGUUCACGAAGUUCGUCAAAUGCAAAUCCAAGGAAUUAAUAUUCGCAAUAGAAGAAUUUUUUUAAGAGUUCACGCCUUUAUUGCAGAUGCCCUUGGAAGGGCUUUAAUUCUAAACCAUUAUGGUCAUAAUUCAACGCGACCUUGUUCGAAAUGUACAAUCGAAGCUGAGUGGUAUAGAAGAAUGACUUUUGAAGGAGCAAGGGAUCGUUUGCGAACAGAUGAAGAGUAUCGGAAUUUAACAGAUGAAGAACAUCAUCAAGGAAGAAGUCCUAUAAGCGAAUUGUUGGGUUUAGUUACUCAAGUGCCAUUUGAAGGUUUGCAUGCUCUUUGGCUCGGAAAUGUUAAAAAAGUUCUCGUAGCAAAUAUUGACGGAAAGUACAAUGUAGGAAGGAUGUUUUUCAAGAGGAUUGUUAUCAACAUUUUUUAA